AUGUCGUCGAGAAACUCGUCAACGAAGCGAGUGCGGAAACUACCCCCGAGGCCAAAGAUCAAUCUGCCGGCCGCCGGGCAGUUUCACUUCCCUCAGACCCCGAUGGGCUUCGUGGCGACGCCCUACGGACAGACAUCGGUGCCCCUGACUCCGGCCUCGGGCCAGCCCCCCACCAUCGUCUUCACCAACAGGACCAGCGAGUACGUGCUCGACUACAUCAGGAGCUUCAAGGACUGGACCUCCGACUGGACAAAGUCCGGGCUGAGCGUCGGCGAGAAGUCCGCCUUCUGGAUCUACGAGAAGGUCAGCUCGUGGAGCAAAAGAUGGUUCACGCACAUCUUCCUCUUCUUCGUGUUGUUCCUCUACAGUGUACUCGGGGCUUUUCUAUUUAUCUACAUCGAGGGCAAGCAUGAGAACGCCGUCCAGCAAGACAUCGUCAAGGAAAGGGACGAAAUGAUCGAGAAAAUAAGGGACCUGUGGAACGACAAGGAACUCGCCGAGGACUCGGAGAAAUGGAAGGACUCGGCCAAGAAUCACCUGAUGCUCUACGAGGACAAGCUCCACCAGUUUCUCAAAAAGUUGAAUUUCCAAAAUCGUCCCGAUAGCGUCAACUGGGCCUUUUGGAACGCCGUUAUUUACUGCAGUACCAUUUACACGACCAUCGGUAGGUAUUAA